AUGGCCUACAAUCUGGCGGCUGAAAUGUUUUCCGAGUGGGGGAUCGGGACCGUUGUCAUCGCAGUUCGUCUAUACGCGAGAUGGAAUGUUGGAAAAGGCCGAUUCCAAUGGGAUGACUUUUUCUUAUGCCUUGCGCUCGUUUGCUGGACUUUGCUCACGGUCUCUCUCUAUCUUUGUACAUCGGUACACCAUUCGAAUAUUGGUCUUAAUACGGAGACAGCGAUGGCAAUUCCUGACAGUAUGAUGUCAGAUUACCGGUCUGGCUCCAUUGACGCCUUCGUCGCAUGGAUUGCAUAUAUUGCCAUGGUAUGGGCUUUCAAAGGUGUCCUUCUGUGCCUUUACAAUAGAAUGACGCGGGGUCUUUGGGAGCACCGCCUGACAGUGGCUGCGGCAUUCCUGUCUACAUGCACCUUAAUAGCAUCGAUUUGCGUGCACCUUUUUACUUGCAUGCCAGUACACAGAAGCUGGCAAAUCAAGCCAUAUGCUGGUGAUAGCUGCACUCUGCGACCAUUAAACUACAUCAUCAUUGAAACCCUCAGCAUCAUAACCGAUAUUGCCGUGAUGGCCGUACCGAUACCCCUCGUCAUUAAGGCUGGAAUCCCCAUCAGGCAAAAGCUAUUACUCUGCAUCUUAUUCUCUUCCGGGAUCUUCGUUAUGGUCGCUGCAGUUCUCCGCGCGUACUACUCCGUCAAAGAUAUUUCAACACUUUCCACUGCACUGGGCUGGGCAUCACGCGAAGCGAUUGUCUCCGCGUUGACAGUCUGUGCACCGGGUAUCAAGCCAUUGAUCAGCAACUCUCGAUGGUUCUCCACACAGGGUUCUAGUAGCGGUGGCCUUAGCACCACACCGUAUGGGAAAGGAAGCAGUGUUUUCCCCGGGUCGAAGAGCUUUGGAGGAGAUAAGCGUAUGCACCCCUAUGAGCUCGCUUCCUCCCUGACUUGGGGAAAAAACCGACCAGGCUCAAGUGCCGAGAGUCAGGAACAUAUUGUGGUGCAAACGAAAACAAGCGCGGAGCCUUCUCAUUCAAGUUCUCCUCCUAAUCAUGGUAAUGAGAUUAUGGUCACAACGGCGGUUACUCAAUCCGAAGAAAGAAAUGAGGACGACUAUAUGCACCGCUAG